AUGGUCGGAACACCGGGGGAGAUCCCUGCGUACCGCCCCACUGAGGCCGAGUGGAACAAGCCGUUCGCCCAGUAUGUCGGCAACAUCUUCAGGAAGAAUCCCGACCUGGCCAUGUUCAGGGUCGUGCCGCCCAAGUCGUGGUCGCCGCGGUCGGAGAGCUUCCCCGACCUGAAGACGGUCCACAUCCCGACGCCCAUCAAGCAGAUAGCCUUUGGGCAGAAGGGCAUGUUCAAGUGCAUGAUGAUGGAGGCCAAGGGAAUGACGGCCGAGGAAUUCAAGGCCAUCGCGCUCUCAGAAGACCACAAGCUCCCGCGGAAGGCACAGGAGGAGAAGACCGACGCUGCGAUCGAGCGCGCGUUCUGGAGCUCCCUGUCGACGAUCCCUCCCCUGUACGGCGCCGACACGCCGUCGUCGUACUUCGACAGCGACCUCAAGCGCGGGUGGAACCUGCAGAAGCUCGAUGGCUGCCUGCUGUCCAAGUGCAAGGUGCCCGCCAUCCCCGGCGUGACGUCGCCGAUGGUCUACUGGGGGAUGUGGAAGUCCUUCUUCGCGUGGCACGUGGAGGACUGCGACCUGUACUCGAUCAACUACAUCCACCUGGGGGAGCCCAAGAUGUGGUACGGCAUCCCCCCCUCGGAGAAGUCGCGGUUCGAGGAGGCGCUGCGGCACACGUUCCCCGAGGACUACGCGCAGUGCCGCGCCUUCACGCGGCACAAGAACAUCAUGGUGUCGCCGGCCCAGCUGCGGUCGAUGAACGUCAAGUUCGUCGCCGGCAAGCAGCACCAGGGCGAGUUCAUGGUCAUCAACGCCGCCGCGUACCACGCCGGGUUCAACACCGGCCUCAACGUGGCCGAGGCCGUGAACUUCGCGCUGCCGGAGUGGAUCCCGGUCGGCAAGGAGAGCGUGCGCUGCGAGUGCCGCGACGACGGCGUGCGCAUCGACAUGAACCUCUUCCGGGAGCACUGCCCGCCGGACUACGAGUGGAUCAGCAGCUCCGACGACGAGAGCGACAGCGAGGACGAGGACGACGAGAGCGAGGACGAGGAGGACGCCAAGGCCCGGGAGCCCGCCGCCAAGAAAGCGAGGAAGUCCGCGAAGCGUUGCACGGGGGCGGCCAACAGGUCGGGGGCGCGCGUGCAGGUGCAGGGCGGGCGCGUCAAGGCGGGCGUCAACGUGGUGGGUGCCCACAUGAAGCCACCUCCGCAGUUCUACCAGCCCAAGGGCACGCAAGCGAAGCAGGACCGGCGGUUCUCGACACAGUACGCCGACUGGGGCGAGCCGAUCCGCACCCUCGGCGGCCGGCGCACGACUCGCGCGACAGGCGGCAUCACCAAGGCACGCAAGAGCAGGCGAACCCUGCUCGGCUCCGCGAUCGGGCUGCUACGCUCGGUCAGCGGCCUGCUCGCAGCGCACGGCAGCAUGUAA